UUUUAAAAAGUAAGUUGAUUACAUUUAAUUUUUUCAUAUUUAAGUUGUAGACCAGACUAACUUGUUGUUACCAAUGAACUCCGCGUUUUUUCACGGAUAAUUCAAGCUACUUUUAAAAGUAGCUACUUUUAUUUUGAAGCGGCAACCGGAAGUUGUGUAGCUGUAAAAUCUGCUCCCGGUUUGAGGACGGGGGAGGAGGGGGGGGGAACGCGGAACUGUAACCGUGCAGCUAUUUAUCCGGUUUGUCCCCUCUGACUUAGAAUGAGCCAGCGCUAAUGUCCACCGCUGGCUCCGCUCAGCCGCUGUCACCCCGCUGUGCCUUCAUGAGUCCUGGUGGGCCCGAAUCACCCGCCAUGGCCUCAGCGUCGUUUCCCCGGUGCACAUCUGUCAGACUUUCCGUGUCGGUCGCCGUCAUCCUCCUGCUGAUGUCGGUGACCGCUGUGCAAUCCUCUCAAGGCGACAAAGAGCCGGUGUACCGGGACUGUGUUAAGCUCUGUGUCCGCAUGAACUGUACUGGUGCCCGGCUGCGGGGUUUCGAGUCCAGCCAGCCGCAGUACAUGACUCUGACAGGUGAGGCGUUGUUAGCAGGUUGGACAUGCCGGGACGACUGUAAAUAUCAGUGCAUGUGGACCACCGUUGGCCUUUACCUGGCUGAGGGCUACAGAGUCCCACAGUUCCAUGGGAAGUGGCCGUUUGUGCGCGUCUUGUGCUUUGAGGAGCCCGCAUCUGCGCUGGCGUCUCUGCUCAACGGCAUGGCCUGCCUGCUCAUGCUGCUGCGUUAUCGGAGCACGGUGCCACGCCAGAGCCCCAUGUACCACACCAUCAACGCCUUCUCUCUGGUAUCUCUGAAUGCUUGGUUCUGGUCUACAGUGUUUCACACCCGGGACACAUAUCUCACUGAGAAAAUGGACUAUUUCUGUGCAACAGCAGUGAUUCUUUACUCAAUCUACCUUUGUUGUGUCAGAACCCUGGGUCUGAGGCGACCAGGUGUGUCCAGCAUGGUGGGGGUUCUGCUCAUCCUGACCUUUACAUCCCACGUGUCCUAUCUGACUUUUGUCAGUUUCGACUACGGCUAUAACAUGGCAGCCAAUGCAACUAUCGGCAUGGUGAACCUGCUGUGGUGGCUGUGUUGGUGCUGGCAGAACCGACGGACUCUCCCGUACUGGUGGAAGUGCGGCCUAGUGGUGCUGCUGCUUCACGGCCUGGCCCUGCUGGAGCUGCUGGACUUUCCGCCGCUGUUCUGGGUCUUAGACGCCCAUGCUGUGUGGCACCUCAGCACCAUCCCAGUACACUUCCUUUUCUACAGUUUCCUGAUAGAUGACAGCCUCUACUUACUAAACACAGAGAAGUUGGGGGUUAAAGUGGAGUAGGAGGAGUUGACCGCCUCUUCAUUGCACCUCCACUCGCUCACGUCUCCAGUCAGGGCACCCAGAUACCUGAACACAGAAGCAGCUCCGCCUCCUAGAUGGCACGCAUCACACCUCUGACUCACAUCAAAGUAGACUUUGUUUACAUUUUUCUAUUUUUUAUUGUAGUGUCAUCUUUCUCAUUUUAAAGUUGUCUUUUACUUUGCCUUGCACUGCCACAUGUGCUACAUUCACUAUUAUCACAACCACUCAUUUUGAGACAACUCUUGGGAAAGAGGUACUUGAAAAGAAAAAGAAGAGGUGCAGUUGAGUUCCAGCUGUCCCUGAAUUGCGCUGGUGAAAUGAAUCCCUUGACCUGAGAAAUGACUCCAAUGACCGCAGGUUUAAAUCUGCAACAGCAGUCGUUGUCAGCGGCAGUCAAUAGAUGGCAGCAGAUCAGUUAUCAGGCCUGCAUCCGCUCUGCAAGGUGGGCCGUCGUCUGCCAAAAAUGGACUGAUGGACACAGAGAGGCUCCCUCCUAUGAAGAGGAGGCUGCCAGCUGAUUGUUCUGGAAAGACGGGGAAGGGCCUUUAUGUUGGAGGCUGUUCUAGCUGACUGCUAUUUUGUUCUCACCAUCACACCUUUAUUUUUGUGCCUCUCUUGUUUCCAUAACUCCUUUUGUUGAGUUUUCUUUUCAUCAUCCGCCUCAUUUGAUUUUGUUGUGUUGGACCAGUUUGUGCUUAAUUCUGCCUUUAUUGCACCGUGCUUUUUCUGAGUUUGAAUAUUUUUUUGGGUGGGAUAUGAUGAGAUGAAUAUACUGUCAUUCCCCUGGGUUGCCUUUUAGCAUGAGGAAGGAUUGAUGUGGGAGAACGAAGUCGAAGGAUGAGUUUUUACCAAAUUCUGGAUUUAGAUGUAAGUUGGACUGAGCGCUCCAGUGUUCAUUUUUUAAAUAUUAUUUAUUGUAUUUUGAUUUAUUUCUUCCAUAUUUCCCCACACAUACAUUACAACAGCUGGAUAACCUUAAAGUCCGGUAAACAAAUCGUCCUCGAUCCAUGUUUGCCUUACACUUCUGAUUCCAACCUUCUAGUCCAUGAGCAUGCUUAUUUUUUAGUUUCAGAUCUUUAUUUUUCCUACUAGAGGUGAAAUGAUGUUUCUUCAUCCCUCUGAGCUACACUCCCACAUGUGCACUUUAUCGACUAAGCGUCCAUUCACGUGUUUUUGCCGUUGUUCGUCUGAAUGAGAACGUAGACAAUGAGGAGUGUGGAGGCGUGAAACAUGUUGCCUUUUCUGGACAUUUUGUUGCUUUUGCCAUUAAAAACUGAAUGCCUGUUUGUGUGUCUAAGAGGGUGAUCAACUGUGGGAGCCAUAGUCCAAAGAAAAACUUCAGAGGAACUACUGAUCAAGACCAUUUUAAAAGGUUGAAAGAAAGACUGGAUCCUUUGUACGGUGGGCCAAAAGUGCCAUGAUCCAAAACAUAAAUAAAUAUGUGAUAACUUAAAUGAAAUUGAAAAUAAAUACAUAAAAUUCAUAAAUAAACUUUUCCAUAAUUAAAUGUUCAAUAAAUAUACAGUUAGAUUGGAAUCAUUACAGCUCUGUAUUCAAUAUUUCAUUGUUUCAGUCCAUCACGAAAUGAACUUUGGCCCAUCAGAUUGACCCUAACAUGAUUGGUUAACCUAAACAGCCAGGUAACUUUGGACCAAUUAUGUUUAACUUCCCUCCAUAUCUACAUGGAACCUAAAUGACAUAAUUCAAUACAUUCUUGAUUCCUUUCAAUAUUACUUAUUAGUAAGAUUAAUCAGGGAAUAUAGAAUUAAAAUAGUUUUUGUUUACAAGAAAAAUUAUUUUACUACUUAUUUAUUAGUUUUGUGCUUCAGCAAAUCAAGUUUAACUGGUGAGUGGGUGGGGCAAACACAUAAGUAAAGGUGAUUGGUAUGAAAGGCAGGUUAACCAAUCAGAACUCAGGAUUUAAUUGAUAAGAGACUUUAAAUAAUUUCACUAUGGAUAAUAGUGCAGGACCUAUGAAAGAAAGCAUGAAAUAUUUCUACAUAAUUGCAACAUGUAAUUAAAGUUUCAAUUUAUAAUAAUAAUUUAUAUAAUUAUAAAAGUGUUUAAUAUCUAAUUACUGAAAUUAAUAAACCGACACAUUUAGAUAAUUAAUAAUUGAUUUCUUUGAUAUGAUUGUAUACAAUUUUAAUUAAGUUAUCACAUAAAAAAUUAAACGUUUGGGGCGCUUGUGGCUCCAUACUUUGGAACCAUUAAUUUUUGAAUGUUGAAGUAAAAGAAAAUUAUAUAAAUAUUUGUGAAUAUGUUUAUGAAAUCAUAAAUAAAGAUUCAAACUUA